CCCUCCGGUAUUAUCUCCUGGGGCGGGAAUUCACCCUCUGGUCGGAUCACGCGCCCCUCCAAUGGCUCCACCGCAUGAAAGAUACCAACACGCGGAUCACCCGUUGGUAUCUGGCUUUACAGCCAUUUAAAUUUAAGGUGAUCCACAGGCCGGGGGCACAGAUGGCUGUGGCCGACUUCCUCUCCAGGCGAAGGGGGAGGGGGGAGGCUGCAGGCCGGAGGGCUCCCCGGCCUGAGUCGGGCGGUGGGGGUAUGUGGCAAGGGGUGUGUGAUUUAGCAAGGUCUGCAGCGGGAGAGAAGGCUGAGAGAAGAGUGGUGAGUAAAUGGGGUGCGAAGUGCAAAUGAUGAUCAGCUGUCCUCUAUUCCAGUGAUUGGUGUGGGGAUGCAUAUGAACAGCUCGGAGACAGGAGCCGGGUGUGUGAGAGCCAGCAGAGUCUACGAGAGAGAGAGAGAGACAGUGACAGAGCCAGUAAGAGGACUGCUUCACGAGAGGAUCGUCAGCUCCAGUGGAAUACGGAGGCUGGAAACAGAGACGCGCAGCGUCAGCAUUAGACUGAGUUAUUAUUUUGUGAAUAAACAUUUCUUCUCUCCAGUAGACAACCUGACCCCGAUCUCUUCCUUCUCACCUACACGAACAUUACUACACUGUACAAAACCUUUUGCAUUAAAAGUGGAGAAUCAAUUCUGCCGUUUGUCUUUAAUGACGUCAUGGGCUUAGAGGUCUGAGAAACCAAAUGGUGCACAUCCAGAGGACAUUGUCAAUGCCCUCCAGGGAUUCCUGAAGGAAGGACACAAAUUCAAUCCGGUAUCCCCUGCUUCUGUUGGUGACGAGGGCUACAAAAGUGACCCGAGCCUUCAGGAACAGACAUACUGCCUGGUGUACAUCAUGGCAGCUGAUAAAGUUUCAAUCAUGAAUCAAGGUGUCAUUGAAAAGAUGCAAAAUAUUAGGGAAAAGGCCACUGAACUGGACAUUCCUCAAGUGAUCAUCAUGACAAAAGUUGAUGAAGCAUGUCCACUGGUCAAAGAUAAUUUAAGGAAGAUCUACAAUAGUCAGAAGAUCAAAGACAAGAUGCAGGAAUGCUGUAAUCUUGUGGGUGUGCCUGUGAGCCACAUCUUCCCUGUGAAGAACUACCACGAAGAAAUUGAUCCAGAAGAUGACAUUGAUGUACUGCUACUGAGGGCACUUAGUCACAUUGUUAACAUAGCAAAUGAUAAAUUGGCUCAAAAAGUAUAAAAAAGUCAAAUCUGCAUGAUGCCUAUGGCAGAAAGGUUAUAUAGAGGCAACCUGUUAGUGUUGUCAUUAUUAUUAUCACAUUCAAAAGUCUGUAGAUUUUAUGUAACUUUGUAAUAUUAUGUAGUUGUAUACAGUUCACUACUUGAGAAAAAAACAUUUGUCUAGCACUAAGAGCAACUUGUAGAACCUUUAGCUUUAGUCUUUGUCAGUUUCGUAACAGAAUUAAGUGUGGUCCCACUUCCUAAUAAUAAAAUAUAGAUGAAUAAUCCCACUAAAAGUUGAUAGGACAGGAAGAUGUAAAGUGGAUGUGCUGCAUGUGUCUCCUGUAACGCUGCUCAUAUCAUGUGUGUCAGGUCAGUAGUGUGACGAGCUCUGUAAGUUUACAGUUAUUUGUGAUUCAUUGUUAUUAAAAUGUGUGCUAUAUAUCACACAUUCAAUAUCAAAAGAAAGUACAAGAUAUAGGCAUGACUGUAAAAAAUGUGUCAUUUUAAUGCCAGCAUGGGAGCUGUUUAACAUGCU